UUUUCCAAUAUGGCGGCCAGGUCGCCACAGCUGGCUAUGGCUGCUACCGUCGCUGCCUUUCUGUUUGUGCUCGGUGGAGUUUUAAGUUUUCCUCUCGGCCAGGAAACGAAAGACACCGUCACCUGCGGAUAUGAGUCUUGCCAUGCCACCAAACCCAACAUGCUCAAUGUCCACCUGGUCCCUCACACACAUGACGACGUGGGCUGGCUCAAGACUGUGGACCAGUACUACUAUGGAGAUCGUAACGACAUCCAGCACGCUGGGGUGCAAUACAUCCUGGACUCGGUGGUGGAUCAGCUGUUGAAGAAUCCGGACAGGAGGUUCAUCUACGUGGAGACGGCCUUCUUCUACCGCUGGUGGAGGCGGCAGAGCUCAGACAUGCAGCAGACAGUCAAGCAGCUGGUUAAUGAAGGCCGCCUGGAGUUUGUGAAUGGUGGCUGGUGCAUGAGCGACGAGGCCACCACCCACUACGGUGCCGUCAUCGACCAGAUGACCAUGGGGUUGAGGUUUCUCAAUGAGACGUUCGGUGCGUGUGGUCGCCCCCGCGUCGCCUGGCAUAUCGACCCGUUUGGACACGCCCGCGAACACGCCUCCAUGUUUGCGCAGAUGGGAUACGAUGGCUUCUUCUUUGGUCGCCUGGACUACCAAGACCGAAAUCGCAGAAGGAUGGCGAAGGAGCAGGAGCUUCUGUGGAGAGCCUCUGACAGCCUCACACCCCCGAUGGCUGACCUCUUCACUGGGAUCCUUCCCAACAUGUACAACCCUCCUGAAGGCUUCUGCUGGGACCAGAGCUGUGACGACCCACCAAUCAGAGACGACCCCGAUCUCGAAGACUACAACGUCGACGACGUGGUGCAGCGCUUCCUGGCAAUCGCCAGCAGUCAGGCUCGGGUAUACAAGACCAAUCACAUCAUCAUGACCAUGGGCUCAGACUUCCAGUAUGAGAAUGCCAACCUGUGGUACAAAAACCUGGACAAGCUGAUCCACUACGUCAACGCCCAGCAGGCGAAAGGCAGCAACGUCAACGUGCUCUAUUCUACCCCAUCGUGUUACCUCCAGGAGCUGCACCGACAAAACCUCACCUGGGCCUUGAAGACGGAUGAUUUCUUCCCCUAUGCGGACAGCGCUCAUGAUUUCUGGACCGGCUACUUUACCAGUCGACCGGCUCUGAAACGUUACGAGAGGAUCAGCAACAGCAACCUGCAGACCUGCAACCAGCUGGAGGUGCUUGGUGGUCCACGUUCCAGGGACGGACCAUUUGGGAAGGGUGAUAGUGAGACCUUGAAGGAAGCCAUGGCAGUGGCUCAGCACCACGACGCAGUCUCAGGCACGGAGAAGCAACACGUCGCAAACGACUAUGCCAGGAGGCUAGCCAACGGCUGGACACACUGUCAGGUUCUGGUCAGUAACAGUCUGGCUGCUCUCAGUGGUUCCGCUGCUAAACGAAUGUACUGCGACAACCUCAACAUCAGCGUGUGUCCUCUCACAGAGUCCAGCUCAAAGUUUUCCGUCAGCGUGUACAACCCGCUGGCUCGGCCCGUCACGUGGCCCGUCAGGCUGCCAGUCGGCGGGAAAGCGUACGACGUCACAGACGCUAAGGGAGCAUCUGUGGAAAGUCAGGUGCUUCCGGUAUCCAGAGCCACGCAGGAGGUGAGGAAGAACCGGGGCUCCGCUGUCAACGAGCUGGUGUUCCAGGUCCAGGCUCCUCCUCUGGGCUACAGCACCUACUUUGUGUCCCGGCUUCAGAGUGGGCCUCCGCCGGCCUCUGCAGAGUACGGAGCACCCAAAUCGAUCCAGAACAAGUUCCUACGAGCGACCUUUUACCCCGACACCGGCCUCCUCAGCGGCCUCAGCAACCUCGAGACCAAACAGAGCAUCAACCUAUCGCAGAACUUCUACUGGUACAACGCCAGCGACGGUAACAACGUACUGAGUAUCCAACCUUCCGGAGCCUACAUCUUCAGACCCAACUCCUCAACACCUUUUAUCAUCAGCAGGACGGCCAAGACGAAAACGGUUCAGAACUCGGUGGUGCAGGAGGUGAGGCAGUGGUUUUCUCCCUGGGUGUCUCAGGUGGUUCGUCUCUACGCCGACAGCAGAGCUCUGGAGCUGGAGUGGACGGUCGGACCCGUGCCCAUAAAAGACGGCCUGGGGAAGGAGGUGAUCACUCGUCUAGACACCGACAUUAAGACCUCUGGAUUUUUCUACACAGAUUCCAAUGGCAGAGAAGUGCUGCAGAGGAAGAAAGACUUCCGGCCCACGUGGCACCUGCAGCAGACGGAGCCCAUUGCAGGAAACUACUUCCCCAUCAACUCGCGCGCUUUCAUCAAGGACGACGCGAACCAGCUCACCGUGGUGACGGAUCGCUCUCAGGGAGGAGGCAGCAUCCAGAACGGUUCCCUGGAAAUCAUGCUCCACCGUCGGCUGCUGAAAGACGACGUCCGUGGCGUCGGGGAACCUCUCAACGAGACCUCCGACAUCUACCCAGACGGGCUGGUGGUCCGCGGCCGCCUCCUGCUGUCCCUGGACCCGCCCCCCAAAGCCGCCGACGCCUACCGCCCGCUGGGCCAGGGGGUCGUGCUGCAGCCUCUGCUCACGUUUACAGACGGGGAUCUGAACCCAGAGACUCAGCUGGAGUUCUCGGGGCUUCAGGCUGCGCUGCCCCCUGCUGUCCACCUCCUGACGCUCAGUCAGUGGGACAAAGACUCGGUGCUGCUGAGGCUGGAGCAUCAGUUCCAGAGCUGGGAGAGUAAAGUGAACUCGCAGCCCGUCACGGUCAACCUACAGAAGCUGUUUUCCACCCUGGAAGUUUUGGGCGUCUCUGAGCUGAACCUGUCGGCCAAUCAGUGGAAAGAUGAGAUGAAGCGUUUUGACUGGACGCCACAGAAAGAUUCUAAGCCGCUCCUGAAGACGUCCGGAGACGCCUCUGUGUGGGAGGUGACCUUGAAGCCCAUGGAGAUCCGAACCUUCCUGCUGAGAGUCGGCCACAGAUAGCCGGUCACACGCUGCAGCUUCCAUUGCUUUUCCACGAAAAAAAGAGGACGACAGGGGUUCUGUUAAUGAAAACCUAGAGGCUGCGUUCGUGCUGCCUUGUUUUGUUUUACCAUGAACACAGAGAUGAUGGACACGUGGACAGAUGACUCUUACAUAAUCAGCUCGAGUUGCCUUUUCUAAAGUCAUUACAAUUCAACAAAUCAAAACACGUAUGUUUCCAGUGAAAGAAAAUCCUCAUUUCUUUUUCUCUCCUACCACAAACUGGUGGCAACUUGCACUGACUGUCUGAUGUGCAAUAAGUACGUGUGCAGUGUGUAUGUGUUUACUAUGUGAAUGAUUUUAUACCGAUCAAGCAGCUGAUAAUAAAGAAAAAAAAUGAUCUUUCUGA